AUGAGAGACAUGCUCGGCCCCACCCAUUUUUGUUCCGUAUAAAUUAGCACUCACAAGCUGCAUUAACCACUUGAGCAAGGACACAGGGCAGCAUCAUGAAACUUCUCAGUGGCGUUCUGUUGCUCUACCUCUUCACUGCUGGUGGAGAAUGCAUUUGGUUGGAGCCAGGAUCGGAGUUCUACAGCGCCGACUCCUGCAGAUACUCCUUCCGUGGAAGUGGGAGUAGGAUUUACCUGUCCCAAAACUGCCUGCAUACAUUUGUUGUGGAAGACGAUGAGGUGGUCAGCCUUUACAUGAGUAACUCCUAUUCCUACUGCGAGGGAAAUGACACCAUGGUGGUUGUGUAUGAUGGAGCGAACGACCAGGCACCAAUCCUGGGCACCUACUCCUGCAGAUCUACCACAAACUUCAUUUCAACAAACUCCUCCCUGUCACUAUACUACAAGCAUCUUUCCAGCUCAUACUCUUAUAUCUCCGUGUCAUUCUUUGCGUCCCCCGCUUCUUCUGGGUGUGGUGGGAGGCUCAGCGCUAAUCAGAUUGUGACAUCUCCAAACUAUCCAAACAACUACAGCAACAAUGCCAGCUGCACCUGGGAAGCAUAUGCCCCACCUGGAUACAAAAUUCAGCUCUACAUUAAUGAUUUUCAGGUUCUUGAUCAGCCAGGAAACACUCGCAGCUCCAGCAGAAGGUGCAAAUACGAUGGCCUUACUGUUAUGGAUGAAUCUGAGGGCGACAGCUCACUGCUAGUGCGCCUCUGUGGGUAUCUGCCCCGCCAGUCUUUUCAAUCCACUGGCAAUCUAAGCUUGCAGUUCUCCUCUGAUGGCAUCGGGACCGGCAGGGGAUUUUACAUUUCAUUGUCGUACUUCGCGGACUCACCCAAUGCUAUCUGCGGAGGAAUCCUGGAAAGCUCACAUGGAAACCUCAGCUACAGUGGCUAUAAUGCGCAGAGUUGCAUUUGGAUAAUUAAAGUUCCAGAAGGGAGUACUGUCCAAAUCAACGUUUCUAUGUCCAGCCAAAGUUACAGCAACCUGGUGGUCUACGAUGGGGAGUCUGAACUGCAAUCAAUUAUUGCACAAAAAUAUUACUGGGGGCAGCAGACAUCUUCUUUUAUCGCAUCAACUGGAAACAGCAUGCUUAUCUCCUUCUAUGGAAUCUAUAUCUCAGCUGACUACAAUGCUGUAGUUAAAGACGAUUCAUUUGACUGUGAUUUCAAUGGAAACUUUUGUGGAUGGACACCCUCAUCUGGAGAUGUAAUUAAUUGGGACUUGUACAACACCAACUACUACAAUCCUUCUUCGGAUGGAGGACCUUUUGCUGCCAUCAGAACUUCAUAUCUCCCAGAUGAUGUCCCUGAAAUGAGCAGUUACCUAUUAGGACCUCAAAUUAUUCCAUCAAACAGCACUCGCUGCCUUCACUUUAAAUACAUGGCUGGCAACAGUUUAAACCUGAGACUCUUGGAUGUGUCUGCCAUUGGCAGUGCUGUGGGAGACUCAGAAAACCCCAUCCCUGUGCUCUGGGAGCCCACGAUGUUUGAUAUACUUGACCAUUAUGGACAACAAUGGCAAGACGUGGCUAUUAGUAUUACAGCCAAUGUCACACAGGUAGCAUUUCAAGCACACAGCUACAACCGUGGUGCUCUCAUUGGGAUUGACAAAGUCCACAUUUCGGAAAACGCCUGUCUAAGUUCGCCAGCGGAAUUGUGCGUGUUUGCUCUCGAGGGUGCGAAUGGUACCAUUAAGUAUGAAUUGGCUCCUCAGAACAGUGACGCUUCCUGCUUUUGGGAAAUAACUGCACCUCUCGGGAAGAUCAUAAAAUUGAAACUGAACACGGAAGGAAACAACAAUGCUUACUGUUUUUCCAUUUAUGAAAUUAAAUAUAAUAUAGUUAAACAGAUCACUACCAAUUACAGAGCUAAUGAACAGUAUACAUACUAUUCAUCCCAUAAUACACUGACUGUCAAAGUUCCAAACCGCUGCGUUGGGAAUCUGAUCAUUGGAAACUUUACUGCAAUAAGUCCAAAUGACGUUCCUGGCUGCGGAGGAGUCUUGAAGGGUCCUUCGUAUGACUAUGUUUACUCUCCAAACUACCCAAAUGACUACAGCUACAACUCACACUGCGAAUGGAGCUUUGAUUUACACGGUGAUUCGAAAAUUGCGAUGUCCGGCUACUUAUAUGGAAUGCAGAAUUCCAUAAACUGUACCGCAGACAGUUUGGAGAUUAGUGAUGUUAUAAAUGGAAGCCGCACAUCCAUAUCUAAAUUUUGCCAAAGCUGGUCACCUGAAACAAUUGUGUCUCGUGAGAGUAAGAUUGUGUUCACAUCUGAUUGGCAGAACGAAGGCAUGUAUGGAUAUUUUUAUUUCUUAUAUAGAGUUUUUGCACCAUGUAGUGGCAACUUGACAGGAUGGCAAGGGUCAAUCGUAUCCCCCAAUGCCACGGACUAUGACUUCCGCUGCAGUUGGAACAUCAACACCCCAGCCGGCACAAUCAUCAAACUCUCCUUUGAAGAACUGAACAUGUACUAUUACAGCACGUUCGACAUCUAUGAUGGAGAAUCUUUAGACGCCCCAUACCUGGGUCGCUUUAGUGGCUCCAUUGUUCCGCCUCCCAUCCUAUCUACUGGGAAUUCCCUGUACAUCCGCUUUUACAACCCUAGUUACACACAGCCACCAUUUAAAAUCACCUAUGAAGCUAUGGAAGUCUACACAUCAGUGCUGGAGAACAACGCAGAGAGAAUUUCUUCAUUCGAUGUCACCUCACAAAGGCAGAACAUACUCUUGUUCUUGUGGGAGCUGCGUGUACCGGAAGGGUUCAACGUCAAAAUCGACUUUUCUGACUUGCAACUCGAGGAUGAUCCUCUCUGCUGGAAUGAGAGCCUCACUGUCUAUGAUGGAGAAAGAUCUCUGAACACCAGCCUGGGCAUCUUUUGCGGCUCGAGCAUUCCACUAUCCGUGCGAUCAAACUCCGACAGCCUCCACCUGCUACUUCGUCUUCGUACAAACGAACCCUGGAAAAGAUUUACCUUCACUUAUUUCAGUGUUCCAAAGAUUGUUCCCACAGUCAAAAAAGAGUGUGGCCGAGUUCCUACAGGAGGGAAGAGUCGCGUUGUGGGUGGAAGUCUUGCCAAUGUGGGGAAGUGGCCGUGGCAGGCAAGCCUCCAAUUCUACAAUAGUCACAUGUGCGGAGCGAGUCUCAUCUCCAAGGACUGGCUCGUAUCUGCUGCGCACUGUUUUGAGGGAAGAAACGACGUCAAUGCAUGGCAAGUGCGUCUGGGUACCACAUACAUCUACGACAGCUGGAGCUCUGUGAAUUUGGCGGUAGCUGAGAUCAUCACUCAUGAGAGGUUCAACUACACAGCCAUAGACUAUGACAUUGCACUGGUGCGGUUGAGCCGGUCUGUGGAUUUCACGAGCCAAAUAUCCCCGAUCUGUCUGCCGCCGGACACCAGCCACUUCCCACUGCCUGGGAAGACCUGCUACAUCUCUGGAUGGGGACGAACCUCCGAGGCUGAUUAUGGAGUGUAUUAUAGUUUGCUUGAUGCUCCAAUGGACGUGUUCAGCCACAGUGGCUGCUCAUCAGACAAGAUGAAUGGGAAGUCAAUCACAACGAGGAUGAUCUGCAUUGGACAUCCGGCUGGAGGCAUAAGUGCAUGCCAAGGAGAUUCAGGGGGCCCACUCACCUGCCAGGGCACGGAUGGGACCUGGUACUUGAGCGGCGUCACCAGCUGGGGCAAUGGGUGUGCACGGCCCAUGAAACCUGCCGUCUACACCAAGACGAGCAAGCUCCUGAAGUGGAUCAAGCAGUACACAGGCCUGUGAGGCUCAGUUUUCAGUGUUGUAUUUUAACAAGUCUCCAAUACAGUCAGAAAUAAAUAACAGUUAUGUGUACAUUAAUUUGAAAUUACUAUCUGAUAAUACCAUUGGGUAACAAAACAUUGUCCACAUUUAUGGCAUUGUACACAAUAUUUGAAUAAUUACACUAAUUUUUGAACCACCACAUUGAGUGAUGAUGAAACCCUUCCACGUAUCGGCUCUCCUGUACUCAUUGUUAAGACUGCAGAUAGGUGAACCUAUCACAGUGCAUUGCAAUGGAAUAUAAUAUGAAUUUGUAAAGCAUCUGUGAUUGCAUUGAAUAUGCUGUGAAAGACGUAUGCAGAACAAAUAAUGAGGAAGAGGUGUUUGUUAGGUUGUCUCGUAACAAAAUGUUUAUGCAAUGACUGAUUUUAAGAACAAUUAUUAACAAUUAUUUACAAGCCACUUAAAUGAAUGUACAACGGAUAAUGGCAAAAUAAAUGUCCUACUUUUCUAUUUGGCCUAUAUGGAAUACAUUUGAAACAACAUUGCUGUACAGGAGAGAUGCUAGGUGAAUACAUUUUCUGUGUUGGUGUAAAUAAGGUUGGAGUAACAUUCCUAUGAAAUAAUAUCUAAAAAUGGGCAUUAGUUCAAUAAACUGAACUAAGUGGAUCGAAAACUACAGAAUAAAUGACGAAGCAUCAAUACGUGGUUUUAGACAUUUUAUAUGGUGGUGAUAUGGUUGGUAAUGAUGACGUCCACAAUUCUUGAUCUAUUGAGAUUGAUAUAAUACACACGUUAGAUAUAAGGAUGAGGAGCUGAAUGUAUACCCAGAUGGUUAAUUAAUCAGAUUAUUUCAUUUUAUGGAGGGAGAGGGGGUAUUGUUUUAAUCUUUAUAAUUAGUAGCAACUGGUAUGUUUGUCAAUAUAUAUGCUUCGUAUGUAUGUUUUAAUUAUUUUUCACUGUACAUAGCCAACCAUGCUAAUCGGCAAUGCUUUGUAAGCUUACUAUAAAUACACAAAAUAAGUCAAAAAUAAAUCAAUAAAAGCUUUAAAAACGUUAAACUGUUUAAAAAAAUGAAAUAGCUACGUUGAUAUCGUAUAAAAAUAGAAUAUACAUAUUAGAAGCGAAGUGAGAUAAGGAUAAAAAUCCACAAACAUAAAUCCGCAAACAUAAACAGAGGCAGACGAGAGUCGAUUGGAGUACUUUUGGGAAAACUUAUUUAAUAUUGAGCAGUACCAUAAGUGCCUUAGAGAAGAUACAUUAUUCAUGAGCAGAUAUUAUUUGUACAUCAUAAACAUUGACAUUGAUGAAGAGAUUUGAAAAAAGCUGAAAAUGUGCAACGAAGCAUGGAGAGGUGCAUGCUUAAAAUUAAACUGAAAGUAAAAGGAACAUUGAUUUGAAAACAAAUGAACGUCGAAUUGACUCUUAACAAAAAUAAGUGGGCUUGGACAGGGAACGUCGCUAGAAGGGAUGACGGCUGGUGGUUGAGACAUGACAGACUCCGAUUAGCACUGUUGACUAUGUACGGUCCGAAAUAAGUUCAACAUACGUACAUACAUACAGACUGGCAGCCAUAUGAAGUGAUAUGACCUCCAGAAAAUCCACUGCACAAAAUGUAGCAAUAAAAUCGGCUCGUGUGUGCAAGUUCUGGGCCUAAUUCUUCAUUGCAGGACAAUGAUGGAUGGCUUGGAGAGGCCUUCAUCCAGCAGUGGCUAGAUAAUUGAUAACCGUGACUUAUUCAUAUUCUUUGGUUCUUUCGUUAAAGUCACCGUGACCUUUUAAUUCCGUUUUAAAAAUGUAUUUUUUUACAAUUCCUGGUGAGAUAAUCAGUGUCAUGUAAUGGGUUGAUAUGAAUUUCAAUAAACGAAUUCUACAAUUAUCAAAAA